CCCCUUUUAUGCUUUUUCUUAACCUCGAAGACUUCUUCCUCUUCUUCUCUCUCAAAUAUUCUGUGCCUCAGAAACCUAGACCCCGCUUACCAGCUUUCCUCUGGUUUCUCAUCAAUGGCAGCCUCAAUCCCCACCAUCAUACACCACAAGCUCAAUGCUGAACCAAUCAAAGAAGACCCAAGUAAGUUUUAUUAUCAUCUUCUCUACAAAGCUCUCAUCCUCGCCAUCUUAAUCAUUCUUCCCUUUUUCCCUGCCCAAGCUCCUGAAUUUAUCAACCAGUCUCUUCUUACCAGAAACUGGGAGCUUUUUCACCUCCUAUUCGUCGGUAUUGCCAUUUCUUAUGGUUUGUUUUGCCGUCGCAGCGACGGGACCGACAAGGAAAAUCAUAACUCCAAGUUCGACACAGCACAGUCUUAUGUUUCUAGGUUUCUUCCGGUGUCGUCUUUCUUUGAAGAUGAUGGAGAAAAUGAAACCCCGUCUGGUGAUGACGAGGAUAGCAAAACCCAGACUUGGAAUAAUUAUCAGUACCGUAGGAAUGAACCUCUUGUUGUUUUAGCCCCAAAACACUCUAAUUCUUACGACCGAAAUGCGACUAACACCAGAAUUAGCGAAAAGCCUUUGCUUUUACCUGUUCGUAGCUUGAAAUCUCGGGUUUCUGAUCCUUGUCCUGUUCAGUCUGUUAAUAAAUCGAACCUCACCUCUGUUUCUGUUAACGGGUCUGGUUCUAAACAUGGUUCUAGAAGAUUUUCCAGGAAUGCAGAAAUCGAAGGUUCUGGCGGUCGUCCAACAAUGGAGGAUAGGUCGAAGGACAACGUUGUACUUCCUUCUCCAAUCCCAUGGCGAUCUGAAUCUCUCAUGAAGCUCCAGAAUUCUCGUUUGUCUCGACCAAAUCCCAUGUCUUCGUCAACAUCUCUGUCUUCCCCAAAGCCAAAGGAUCAAUCUUUAUCAUCACCUUCGUUUGCAUCAGAAUCACUGGCCAAGAAUUCAGAGGACACGGUGAUCAAGAACAAGGUGUUUUACAAGUCCGCAAUUCCUCCUCCUCCUCCACCCCCACCAAUGCUUUUCAAAUCAAUCUCCAUGAAACCAAGAACUAGCUCGUUGAAUCAAGCAGUUUCCUCUGAUAAGGACAUGAAGCGAAGCUUCACAACAAGUGAGAGAAGAGAUAAGCCAAGAGGUCUCCAUUUUGAAAAUAACAAUAUGAGAAACCCACUGGAAGCUGAAGGAGAAGUUAAGAGAAUGGCUUCUGUGGGAUUUGCAGAGGAAGAGAAAGUGAUCAUGGGGUUCGAUGAAGACACAGAAACUGAAGAUGAAGGUGGUGGUGAUGAAGCAGGACGAAGCAGAAUUGAGAAAGACAAAGCAGAGAAUCAACCUAAUAAUGAAGAGAAUCCAAAAAUUGACCAAGGAACCGGUGGUAUUGGAGAGGAAGGACCAGAUGUGGACAAGAAAGCUGAUGAGUUCAUAGCCAAAUUCAGAGAGCAAAUCAGGCUUCAGAGAAUUGACUCUAUCAAGAGGAGUGCAAAUCGAAUGGCCAGAAAUUCUUCAAGGUAAAAAUACUUGAUGUUGCAUGAACUUUAUGCUUUUUAACUUGUCAAGCUUAAUCCAAAAUGGAACAUGCAAUAUCAUUCAGAGAGGCUCUUCCUGAUCGCUGAGAGCAGUAAUGAAAUUUUACGUUAUUUC